GUUCGGCUCGCACCAGUAUCAUCAUUUCGGCCACAUGUGUCUGCGGUAGUCUCGUACCCCCCGGAAAAAAAAAUCCAAAACUCGUGUACCCUGUGAUGUACAUCGUUUACGUAAUCCCCCUGGCAAACGCGAUCCCCCGGUAAUUCCCAAAAAACAUCCAGUGAUCUCCCCACCGAGCCAACUCUUUUUAAUCGAAGUAAUCGACCAGUGGAAGCCCCCUCGACUAGUGCCUCAACGAACGAACAAAAAAAAAAACGUGCCUCGUGUAUCUGCAAAACGAAACGUUUGCCGAUUUACCACAUAGUGAACGCUGCCACCAAAGUCCCACAAGUGAUACUGAACAAAGUCGUCAAAGGGGUGAGUCAAUAAAACAAUCGUAAAAACUGAAAGAAAAAAAUAUCAAAACGCCGAGUCAGCACGUUGUCCUAAGCCUCGUGCCCCUCUCAGACCCCCUCGAAGGCAAAAAAUCAUUGCAAUUAUCCAUCGACACCUGGAAAAUCAUCGGCAAAUCAGAAUCAGCCCCUCAUCAACAAUAAUUGUCCCUCGAUAUCGACAAUUAUCCAAUUAUUUAACCCCACAAUAAGAGAGGGGGCAGAUAUUUAUUUGCGGUGUGCGCACGCGGUCUGUUGUAUCCCUCUUCCUCCAGGAGCCAUUGCUCCCAGUACCAGGCAAUCACCACGAGGAGUCGCAUCCGGCGACCCAGGGAGGUCGUCACUUACUCUUUAUUUUUCAUUUUUUUCUGUUAAAGUGACAAUAACUAAUUAACAUCCCCCAUCCCCCGAAAUUCCGGACUAACUGACUCGUCGGCCACCCAGUGACGGAAAAAUUCCCCGGGUGAGAACCCCCUGGAGCCUCACCAGGAUCAUGCGGUUCAGACGAUUGGACUCGCCGCAAUAAAUCGAAAAAAAAAGUGUUGUGAAAUGAUUAAAAUACUCUCGGAAUAACUCUGAUGAUCGUCGUGGAGGGCUCGGGGCCCACGUGUCGGUGCUCGUGAGUUGUUCGAACAUUGGGCCAGUUCGUGAUUAGAUUGAACUGAGACGCAAAAAGGAGAGUGGAAAGUCAGGCGGAAAAUCCCCAUAAGCCGCCGUGUUUAACCCAACUUAUUUGUCUGCAACCUCGUGUUACUUCAUUUUCUCCCGAAAAAGUGGCAAUAUGGCGGCUAAAGUGGCGAGCAAUCAGGGAGGUAGCGAUGGUCACGAGGGCCCUGGUGUGUCCUACGCUAGCGUGUUGAAUCCAAAAAGUGCGAGUGACUCUCAGCAGCGGACAAUUAAGGACAAUAACAAGGAGAAUAUUGGACAGGUGAGCGUAGCACCGCCAAUAAAUCGUGAGAAAAGGGAAACUGGACGGGUCAAGUAUCCGAAAAAUUCCCGUCGUUACAGCGCGUUCACAUCCAAAACUGAGAGACGAUCGAGCGUUAGUUCACCAAAGGGCAGCCCUGGCGAUGCUGAUGGCCCUGAUGAGCUCAGAGAGAGAGGAUCCAGGGGCGACGGUGAGCAGGAGAGGCUCAAUGGAGAUGUGGGAAGUGACGGAGAAUUUCAGACUGUUGCACCCAAGUCGGCGAGGAGGAAGGAGAAGUUACAGGAGAAGAGCCGUGAACACAGAUCCCACAGGGAACGCCACCGGCAUCAUGAUAGGCAUCACAAUACACGUGGCAAGAGCGACGGCAGCAGGGACAGGGCCACACACAGAGAUCGACACACUGGGGAGCAAUCAUUGUCCAAGGAGCCGAGGGAUGAGGAGGAGGGUGAGGAUGCACCUCCCGUUAAGUAUGUCGAGGCACCCCUGCCCGUCGUCAAUCCCUGGAAUAAGAGUGCGAAAGCUGGGGUUAAUAAUCCUGCUGCCAGUGCUGGACUUGUUGAGAGAGUCAGUGAGAAGGAGAAACGUGUCCUACAGCCGCAACAGCAGCAGGGGAAGGCACUUGAAAACGGUGCCGCCACUGCUGUUCAACCGACGGUUGUGAAGGCAACAAAAGACAGGAGAAAAUAUAAUCAAAAGGCGAGUGACUUCACGGAUAUUGGAGACUGGCCGUCUCUGGGAGCUCAAGGCGAGAGCAAAACGCCUAUCCCAACGGCUAAACAAAACGGUGUUGAGGAGCCUAGUAACUCUAAGGACGGCAGCGCCAGCAGCGUGGAGAGCAAAGGGAAGGAGAAUAAAGAGCUGAAUCACUGUCCAGAUGACAGUGAUGAGCACACCGAUGCAAAUGACAAAAAAAAGAAGAUUAAUAAACAAAAAUGGGUGCCAUUGGAAAUUGACAUUGCGAAAAGCAGGGGGAAACGUGACCGUUCCCCCAAGCAUCAAAACCACAGAGAACGAACUAUUGAGAGUGAAGAGGGUUGGAGAGAACGAGAACACGAGAGGCCUAGCUAUGGCUUCAAGAGUGGACGGGGUGGGAGGAGUUAUAGGGGCAGAGGGGGCGGUAGGGGUCGCGGUCCAUCGAGAGGUGGAGGAUACAGGCAGAGACAUGAUGUUGAUUAUUCUGGAGAAUGUGCAGGAGAUUUUUCACAGAUGAAACCGUUCAAUAAUACCGAUGCAUCGUAUAUGAUGCCCUACAUGGGAACAUUUUUCUUCAAUCCGACAAGCUAUCUUAAUCUCGAUACAACGACACUGAAAGAGUACAUAAGAAAGCAGAUUGAGUACUACUUCAGUGAAGAAAAUCUGCUGAGGGACUUUUUCAUGCGUCGUAAGAUGGAUGCCGAGGGUUUUCUGCCUAUCACAUUGAUAGCCUCUUUUCACCGUGUUCAAGCACUGACGACAGAAGUUGCAUUAGUUAUUGAAUCGAUUCUGGAGUCUGACAAAUUGGAAAUGGUCAACUGUUUCAAAGUCCGAACAACACUAGAUCCGAUGAAAUGGCCGAUACCAGUUGACACAUCGAAUCCCCAAUAUUCCGAAACUGAUGCUUCUCAAGGCUCCCAUCCCCGUCCGGAUAUUUUAGCAUCAGCAAAGCCCCCAUUUUCUCCAGCUGCAACACCCCUAACCGCAAUCCCAACCCCACCACUACCUCGUAUCCUCCAGUCCGUCAAAAUCCCGUCCAGAUUAAGUGAAUGUGAAAGUGUAUCCUCGUCCAUAGGUGAGACCCUUAAUCCCGAUGUACCGGAAUUUAUUCCCAUUAAUGUCGUGACAAAUACUGAUCCCUCGGUUGGUAAUGCCACCAAGGAUCUCGAGUCUUCGAAUAAUAAUGUUAUAAAAACAUCUGAAUCGUCGCACAAUCACAGUGGGAGUCAGUCCCAAGAGGUGGUUGGAGAAAGGGAGAAUGAGCCAAAGGAAGUGAACGCUAUUUCCUCAGCUGCAUCUUCAGUAACGUCUGUGAAUCCGCGGAUUCAGGUGAAUGGAGAGCUUGACGCGCCUGCCAAUGAUGUUUGGAAGGAGGUCAAGAGGAGAGUCAAACAGCCCUCCAAGGGCAAAUCUGAAGCCAAUUCCAAGAGCGAUCAGAAUAAGGGGGAGGAACGAGAGGAACUGGAUUUUCAGUUUGAUGAGGAACUCGAUACUCCCCCACCCACUGGACGACAUAACGCUUUUUCGGAAUGGUCGGAGGACGAUGAUGACUAUGAGCUGUCAGACGGUGACAUAAACAAGCUCCUGAUCGUCACCCAGAUAGCCCCAAGCUCACAAGUGGUUACCACAUCGCGAAUUCCAAAGCACGAGGGUCACGAUCGUACAGGUGACUGGACAACACGAGUGAAAAUGACCCAGGAUUUGGAACAAGCGAUUAAUGAUGGCCUCUACUACUACGAGGAGGAUCUCUGGACGGAGGAUGGCCAGCGAUACGGCUCGUCCUCGUCGAUCGCAAGCUACAAGACCGUAAACGUCAUCAGUCAAGCGGCAUUUGAAAAAAUGGCACCGAAAGCUCCCAAACGAGCAAAUCCCGAAGUGCCACCACCUCCACCAUCCUCAGAGGACAUGGAGAUCUCAUCCCUUCCCAUUCAAUCCACAAUGACCGACAAACGUGAUCGCAAGGGCGAGAAGAGACUGAACGAGAGACAGCGGGGUGCUUGCAGAAGAAGGGGUGGUGCUGUUCCCAGAUUCUUCGCCGUUGUUAAGGAUGAGCCAGCAGUUGAUCCUAGGACACCCCGCAAACGAAAAACUCGACACAGUAACAAUCCCCCGGUGGAACAUCACGUGGGAUGGAUUAUGGAUGUCAGAGAGCAUAGACCAAGGACUUACUCCACUGGGAGUAGUGCUGGCACCAGCCCCAAUGAGGGAUAUCUUGCCAGCAGCUAUGGCAGCCAACCGUCUUCUCUACCGACCUUCCAACAUCCAAGUCAUGCUUUGCUGAAGGAGAAUGGAUUCACCCAGCAAGGAUAUCACAAGUAUCACUCGAGAUGUUUGAAAGAACGAAAGAGAUUGGGCAUUGGCCAAUCCCAGGAGAUGAACACAUUGUUCCGCUUCUGGUCUUUCUUCCUGAGGGAGAAUUUCAAUCGCACCAUGUACGAGGAAUUCAGAACCAUAGCCAAGGAGGAUGCUGUCGAGGGCUAUCGGUACGGCCUUGAGUGCCUCUUCCGUUACUACAGUUAUGGUCUUGAAAGAAAAUUCCGACCACAGUUGUACAAAGACUUCCAGUACGAGACAGUUGUGGAUUAUGAGAAUGGUCAAUUAUAUGGAUUAGAAAAAUUCUGGGCGUUCCUGAAAUACUACAAACAUGCGGAUAAGCUACACGUGGAACCACAACUUGAAGAAUAUCUCUCGAAAUUCAAAAAUAUUGAAGACUUCAGAGUUGUUGAGCCCCAAAUAAACGAGAUGCUCCAGGGUUUCGGUGGUGCUCUGCAUCCCCUGUCGAAUAAACGCCGGAAUCGCAGUGUCUCGGAAAGCGGUGGUGAAGCCUCUCCAUCAACGAGUAGAGUUCGUCGCCUCUCCGGUGGUUCAUCGACCGUGACUCUCCCGACAUCUGGAGCACCCCCAACCAACAACCUCCAAAAGCAGACAUCGGCCUCAGUGAAUCUAGCUCAAUACCGCAAUCGCACAGGCUCUUUCGGCUCCGGUCGAUUGGGCCAUUCAAAUCCAAAACGUCGCAAUGACUCAGCUUCGUCCAGUAAUCGUGAUCUCAAUAAACAAUUGCCCAGAAGUAGGCACAAUUCAGGUUCGUUCACGAAGCCCCAGGAGAUGCCUAAAUCGACGACCAGCAAAGAUGGCCAAAAAUGAAAGGAGGGGAGAGUCUCGUGGUCCCUGGCUGCGUCAAAAUCACCUCAAAUGAAUCCAUAAAUAUAUAUCCCAUAUAUAUUUUUAACUGAAAUAACUUUGUGCUUGGUGUCAGCAUAAGAAGUCAGCGAUGCUGAAUGAGUGAGUUAAUGCCUGAAUCACAGCUGAACUAAACUCAUUAUCAUGGUUCAAUCGAGCACAAAAUUUUUCUUACAACUAGAGCAGGUGGACUUGUUUUUUUUACUCAAGACGCCCAACGUUAAGCACAGGCAGAAGACGUAUUUUUACAGUUUUAGAUGGAAAUUUUUGGAGAGAAUGGAACAUUGACGCUCAUCGUAACGAGAGAAGGCUGAAAAAUUCUCCCACUCAUUUGAUUAUUUCGUUACAAUUAUCGGAGAUAUCGUUUAUUAUUUUUUUUGAUGUCUUCCAUGUCAUGCCAUAACUGCAUAAUUAUCCGCACUUUCGUCGCGAAUGAAACUGCCAAAAUGAUUCAAUCAUGUGUUUACUUUAUCAAAAUAUCGGAGUCGAUGAUCUCUACCCGUGGAAAUUAUCGCGUUAUUAAUGGGAAAAUAGCAGCUGUAGGUGACCGAUUGGCUGAUGGAAAAACCUCGAUUCCGGGAUUUAAAAGUGUGAUUAUAUCGAAAAAUAUCGUAAUUGCGCAAUAAUUAGAGCUGAGACAAAAUAACUGGUGAACUGCUAAAUUUCCGCUUCCGGACUAUUUCAGUGAAAUGAAAACCGCAAUUUACGUAAUUAUUGUGAUGAAUCUGCCAAUGACAGCCCAGAGAUUCGUCUCUGAAAUUUUCCAGAAUGAAAAAAAAAACAUCAGUGAUUAAUGCCUCGGAGCAAUGGUUUUUUUUUAAAUUACAAUUUGCACGUGAGAAUAGCGAGGAUUUGGCGUCUGUUGCCUCGUGAAGACCUCACACGAAUCAUUGUAGAAAAUAAUCGCAUUACGAUUGAGUAAUAAAUCGAGUAACCAAUAUAUUGGAGCUACCAUAUGAAUAGUUUUGUACAUUACAAGUUAAUUAUAAUAAUUGUGGGAGGCGUAUUAUAUAUGAAAAACAAAAAUAACUACGAAAUAAGUGAUAUUAAUUAACAAUUUGUUGGCUUUUUAAAUUAAUGGAUGAAUAUAUGCAAUUAUAGGUAGCUCGAAGAGAAAUCACAGCGUGUCCGUUGAUUUAGACUGUUAUAUAUAUUUUUUUUCUUCUCUCAUCGCCUUCAUCGAAUAGACAACGAGACACGUCGCAGGCUGGUCCGCUCCGUAUUGUUUUUUUUUUCUUUUCUUUGUUUAUCGAGUGAAUUUCAAUGAAUUGAUGCACCAAAUUGAAGUAAUUUAUCCGAUCAAUUUUUUAUUCUUUUUUAUUCGAAUUUAGAGGGAAAUUUCCUUGUCGACAAUUACGAUUAGUGAAUCAUCAGGUGAUUAUUCAAUUGUCGUUAUUUUUUUCGUAGAGGACAUUCGUCCGAAUGCCCUAUUGGCGAAUUAAAACAGAAUCAUGAUUGAGCGGACGGAAGUACAUUUUUAAUUACUGCGCGCCGUGGAUUAAUUUCUGUGUUCAUUACUAACGUUCUCCUGAAAUGUUGAACAUGAUUUUUUGGUCGGGGGAGUAACGCGAGUUUGAAAGUUUUCGGGUGUUGGGGGAUUUUAUGGGGAGGAAAGGGAAGAAUAGCUUCAACAGAAAAUUUUCCAUUUGUUCCAAACAGGAGAAACAAUUUCAGAAAUGAAAAAAUAUUGUUGGCUAUUUAAACAAUUGCGUUCAAUUAAUAAUUUGCAUUUGAUGCUUUCCUAUUCGUUAGAACAUUUUGAAAGAAAAACAAUCAGUUUUUGUGAUUCUAUUCUUCGUUUUUGGGCGCAUGAGUGAUCUCCAAAAAAUGAGAACUAAAUAUGUAAUUUUUUUUCUUGUAAAAUCUCAAGAGUCUCUCACCACGAUGUUCGACCAAUCGACCUGAAUUGUGCUUUCCCCGCGUAGUAUAUUACCUCACGAAAAUACUUGACUUUUUUACAUUCAAAUUUUUAGAUUGUUUUUCGGAAUUGAUAGAGACAAUUUUUCUUCAAUAUUUUUAUUCAAAAAAAUACAUAAAAAUUGUGAUUUAUUGAUAGUUCGAAAGCCUUCAACUUCCUCUUUCAAUUCAGAAUAAAAAAUUGAAAAUAUGAGAUUUGACUCCACCGCCACAUGCCACCAACAAAAAAAAUUUUUAAAAUCGCUGUUUUGUAAUUUUUUGCGUGGAAUAAACGAAUGAUAAAACCAGGAUUCCCUGCACCUGAAGCUCAAGUGCUACGGUCUCCCCUCGAGGCAUCGCCGAGGGUCGACGUACCCUGCAAAUUUCUGGAGAAUUUUAACAUCUCCAAGGAAUACCGUCGACAUUCGGUUAUCCCUCGUUAAAAAAUCGCUCUCGUAUCAAUGAGAAGGUGGAGUGUUUUCCCACCACCAUAGGCUGUGUCCCUUCAUCAUCAACCAAAAUUCAGUCAGAAUAAUCAUCGCAGUUUUCAGUAAUUCCCUGGGUUUGCCUGGUUCAACAAUGAAAAUCACAUUACAUGUACGAUUAUUACGAGAAACGAAUAUGAUUUAUUGAAAUUGUUUAUUUAGAUAUAGAUAUUGGUAUAGCCUAGAAUUAAGUUUAACUCCUAAGUUUUUUUUUUCUUCUCUUUGUGGGAGUUUAACUGACUCCGGUGUAAUUAUUUUAUUAUUAUUUUGAUUAUAAUGCGUAUGAUUACAAUUAAGCACAACGAUGAUUAUUAUUUCAUCGAUUAACUGGAGGCGAAUGGCUAAAUGUCCUUUUACAAAUCACCAGACGAUGUUUUUUCGUGACGAAUAUCGAUUGCUUCAGUAAUAAUUUUUCUUUCUCCUGUGGAGUUUCAUUGGACACAGUUGCAUUAGAAAAAAAAAUCCCUUGCAAAUGGAAACAUGUAAAAAAUAUAAAUACAAUAUGGAUAUAUCAUUACUUAUACCAUUGUUACUUAUACUUUGUACGAUUCUAUCAUAUCCUGGAUUUAUUUUUUAAAUUUAAGUCUUCAUCUCGCGUUCAUGUAAAUGGGUGGGGUUUUAAAUCGUUGAAUACAACAACGACCCAAAAAUGUAUAGAAAAAAUAAUAAUUACAUAGAUAUUUAGUGUAAAUCGUUUGACUUUGAUUCAAGUAUGAAAUCCCACACAGAAAUCAUUGGAAAAUAGUUGAGUAUUUUUGGUUCUUAUUCUGUUGUGAAGUGGUGAAAGGAUGUUGAUAACUUGGGAACAGACAGAGUGAAAUUGUUUUAUUUUUUGUUUUUUUCACGGUUUAAUGUCGGGCUUUAAAACGAGUUGUGGCUCAUUAAAAUCGCAUCGCUUGGUCGGGAGAUAUUGCCGAUUGAAGGUGGUGCUUUUCAAGUAACUCACUUUAGUCCGAUUUACAUCACAAUUCGUUUUUUUAUAAAUACAUCUGAAUCUAGGAGGUAUGGCACAUUUUUAAACAAUACCUUUUUUGUAGCCCUCAAUUCACUCUACAGAAAAGGUCAUAACGAAAAUUUCGUUACCUUCCUUACAUUCCGAGAUAUGCUCGAAAAACUAGGGUGAAGUUACUACAGAAUUUUUUUUAUGAACCGAGACAAAGCUGCGAAAAAUCCUGAAAAAAUUGUAAUUCAUCUGGAUUUAGGUACACUCUCAAUCUAAGUCCCUUCAUCAACUUUCUCACUCCACCAACGAAUCAAAAUAAACUUGCGCAAAUUGUAAAAAAUGUAAAACGUAAAUAUGAUCAUUAUCUAGAAUGACUACAUUCGUGUUGUGUUUGGUGAUAAUUAAUCGAGUGAAUUUCCCUUCCUAUCGACUUAUCGAAUAAAAAUUGAGUCACGAAAUAAUAAAAUGAGACGAAUGGACUCAAUUUGUCGAAUAAAUUGCGACGAACGUUCUUUUAAAAAUAAAAAAUGCGGACGAGGUUGACUCUUCCCAUUCCAUCAAUUCGCACUCGGCAGCGACUGUCGUCUCAUAAAUCACUCGGUUUUCGUGAAUGAUUCGUUCAAAUGAACCCGUAUCGAUUGCACUCGAGAUUUAAUUCUUAGCGAACACAAUGAACUCACAUCGACCCAUUUGUAGAGGGUGAAAAGCUAGAUAAAUAAAGACUCUGAUCGACGUUGGUAGGAACAACUCACGAUUGCACCUCGAGGGAAUUAAAAGCUCAAUGGUUUCUUCACUAUACAGUGCCUCUCAUUGAAGUAAGAUCAGCCUUCAUUAUCCAUUUUCACUCCCACACUGAGAGAAUAACGAAUAAUUUGAGAAUUAAUGAAUCUAAAAAAAAACAAGCUAAAUUAAAAAUUACUAAAAAAAUAGUUUUGAAAACGCACAUUAAGCCAACGAAAAAUUGAAUUCGUAAAAAAAAUAAAAAGUUGAAUCUGCUUUAAUAAUAAAUGUCUGUCGACUUUUUUUUAGAAAAUUUGUAAAAUUCAGCAUUCGUUUUUCUCUCAUUUCAUCAAUCAUUUGCUCAUCGUUCACAAGUUUAAGAUACACCUCGGGAUGAUCGUACGUUUGUCAGCUGUGUAAAUAUUGAAAAAUAAUACAUUAUUAUGGGUUUAUACCUUCAGAGUGGAAAUACGCAAUAAAUAAAAAAUCGGAGGUAUUGUACUGAGGGAAUGGGUGAAUGAACAGAAGGGAAGUUUCUGAAUUCUACCCCUAGAAAGAAAAAUCUUUUGCCAACAAUCCUUACUAACCACGAGAAACUAUAUUUGACAUUAGUCUAUCAAAUUUACUGAUAGAAAGAAAAUACAUUUGGCAAAAGAUUUUUUCUUUUCUCACUCUAAGAUGAAAUUUGGUUUUACAUUCGGGGAAAAUUUGAUUUGAAAUUUCAGAACUAGUCGCAGUGAGGAAUUUUAUUACAGAAGUUUCCAUAAUUGUUACUGAAAAAUUUACACCCGCGACUGCCCUAAUAUUCCGCGAUUCCAUCCAAUUUCCGGUUGAAUGACUCGAUAAUUGAAUCACUCGCAAUUCAGAAAUGUUCCUCUUCCUCGACUGUAACGUUCCGUGAGUCUUACCUCCACUAAAAAUAUUAUCAAAACCGAUGAAACCGGUCUCAUAUGCAUAAUUCAACGUAAUGUAAGCGUUUUGUGAAAACACCAACAAAAAAAAAUGCAAAAAAAAACAAAUAAAAUGUCAAAAAAAGUACAAAAACACCA